GGAGGAACGGGAUUCCGGCCUAAUGAACGACAACAGAACUCCAGCGUGAAAGACGAAGAGCACAAGCCAUACGAUACAGCGGCUAAACUCACCUCUAUGAGACCAUUAUUUACCAUGCUCUAACAAAUCGCCACUCAACAUCCAAAUUGUUGGCAGUCGUACUGACAUGCCAUUUGUUUGCUGAGCUGCUCCUGUCUUCAGCCGCUGCCAAAGUUAAGCACUAGUGUGCAAUUACCAAGUGAAUGAGCCUGAACCACCAUGAACAUGGAAACAGAAACAGAAGUUAUUCCUAUCUGGCAGAAUAAGCCUCAUGGAUCCACGCGGAGUGUUGUGAGAAGAAUAGGUUCGACUCUUCCUCUCAAACCUCCACAGAGGGCAUGUUUUCAGGAACUACCAGGCCUGCCCUCUCUUCGCCCCAUGGAUGGCCCUAUCGUUCCUACCUUGGCAGACAUAGCCUGGAUUGUCGCAGAUGAAGAAGAGACAUACGCCAGAGUGCGGAGUGACACUCGUCCUCUGAAACAUGAAUGGCGGCCCACACCUCUCCUCGUCCUCCACAGGAACUCAUCUGUGCCCAACUUCCGCCCUGCUGGCAAAAGGGUAGAGGGGCUCAGGAAGCCCGGGGUGACAGCGCUAAACCGUACCACCGCCCUGCAGGAUGAGCUCAGCAGACUGCGGGCACAGAUUGCCAAGAUUGUUGCGAGUGAUUCUGGCUCCAACCCCCUGACUCCAGACCUUCUCUCUCCAGACGACACAAGUAUGAGCUUCUCCAUGGCACCCUUUGAGGCGGCACCCUACCAGCCAGCCGCCACAGCUGCUGCCUCCUUCGUCAUUAGCGAUGUCACAGAGGAGGAAGAAGAGGAGGAGGAAGAUGAGAAAGAUGUGGUUUCUGUGGUAUCAGAGCUUGUUCCCGACCCUCUGCCGCCUGUUUCCAUGACAGCAUCAGCAACCUUCGACCUGGACAGACCGAGCAUGGACUUCCGCGAGGCAGAGGAGGACACGGUGUCGCUAUCAAAGUCCACCAGCUUUGCUGAUGUGAUGGAUAUUCUGAAGGACAUGAACCGCAUGAAGAUGAGCAAAGACAGGUACAACAGAGGUUGUACAUCCCUCAGAGAGGAGGAUUCGGCCACUCUGAUUUCUGAGGCUCUGAGGAAAAAGUUUGUCCUGAAGGAAGAAGAUACUGCUGCUGUGAAACGGAAGUGACCAUGUCUAUUGUCAGUACCAAUCCUGCUGCUCCAUGCCUUUGCCUGUGGAAUUAAGUUCCCAUGGAUCCACGACCUUGCUCCUCAGACCCGGGGCUACAGCUGUCUGCCAGAGUUAGGACAAAAAAACACUUUGUUCAAGACUUUCAGAACUAAAUGUGAACUUCACAGUGCUGCUGCAGUGUGAGGUGGGGAAUGGCCAAGUCUUGAUGAAAAUACCCAGUUUCAGCACUGCAUUGCAUUCAAUAACCAGUCUGUUUCUCUCUGCAGGAAGGCUUUUAUUUUGAACUUUAUUACAGACUCAAACGACUGUUUCCAUUAGGCACUUGCUUUGUGUAAAGGCUGUUUGGUUUUGUCAUAUCACAUUAUGGAACUCCUGUCAUCCUAAAAGAUUGAACUCAAAUUGAAGAAUGUCCCUUUAAAAGCCUUUUCUCAAUCUUGCCACAAAAAAACUGUUUUUUCCCUUUUUAGUUCUGUCUGAGGCAGUGCAAAUAAAGCUCUUGUUUUUUCCGGAUAUGUAAAGAAGGCCUCUAACAUACUUGAAAACAUUAUGUGUGCAAAGGAGAAAGAUCAAAUGUACAUGCAGAGAUGUACUGUAGCUUUUCAGUGUGUGAGUGAGAGUGUGCUAGGAAAAACCUGCAGAUCUUCACCUUCAGAUCUAGACACUAUACGUUGCUUGCACCACUGCACCUCUUCUGCCUGUCAUCUUGUUGGUAUUUGCUUUAUAACUCAAUAACGACUGAACUGCAGUACACUGAUUUUUAACCAUAAAUACUCUGAGGUUUUUUUUUGUUUGGUAAAUUUUCAUCACUCACUGUUACUGCUGUUUUGGCACAUGCGGCUAAACACUAGUUCACUUGUACUAGUGUACACUAGUACUAGUUGAAUUACGAAUUACAGGUCUUUAGCAUACACGGUUCCUGAUAGGCUGAUGAAACAAUAUUUUAUGGUGUUUCUAAAUGAUGUAGGUGAUUUCAGUUCAGGCACAGAAAACUUAGCAGUGAGUGUGAGUGUUUUAUUGUCAUUGUGCAUGCAGUUUUGACAAGUUAUGGAUAAAUUGCUUGUGUGAGUCAUGACAAUAACAAUGAAUAUUAUUAGCAACGCCUUACCACAGAUCUAAUGCCUGCUCCAAUGCCUGGUUUUGUUUCUAAAUUUGUUCUAAUGCCUCAUGUUUUUCUCACAUAACCUCUUAUCCUGACUGUGCCCUCCUUCCUCAUCAUCCCAUAAACAUACAGUGAAUAUUAAAGUUUGUUUGGUUCCCUAAAUGCUCGUUGAAAAUAAUCCCCCACAAAAAAGACUUGGUGUUGUCACUUUUACCUCCACACUUCACUCCUACUCAGUUACAUCUUGUCACUUCCCUGCCAACAUGACUGGGAAUUUCUUCGUGCAUUUUUGCAGAGUGAAAAGUUACCGCUUAGUUAUGAGUUUGGAUUGAACAUUCAUGUACCUGUUUGUGUCUUUGUAUGCUUUUAAGUUUUUGUUUUGUUUUGUUUUUUUGCUGGAUCUCAGUAGUUAAUUUCCUCAUUCACCGAAGGGUUGAAGUGAACAGUCUGUCUGAGAGUAUGUGCUAGUUUAAAUAUAUUCUUUGUACAUGUUGAAUCUGACUCUGCCAUCUGCAACACUUGCUCUGGUCAUAAGUGAAAGGGAGAUUUGAUGUAAUUUACACAGACUUUGUUUUUAAUAAUUCCUCUUCUUCUCCUUAGUGAAAGGUUUCUUAACAUAGUGUAUGUUUGAGCCAACCACCAUCUGUAUGUUUUUUCAUUUAAAGACUUGUAAAUAAAGAUUUGCUGAUGUUUUGAAA